UGCAGUCAGCCGCUCAGUCAACCAACAGCCCAACCACAGCUAAAACAGCUAAGAGCUUUUCAGCACCAAAAAACAGCGGACAGCUCCUCAAUAAGCGAACACUAUGGUUCUGAUCUGGACCCAGUUUGGAGUGAAAACCAAAAAUGGAAAGUGCAAGGUCCGCGUUAUGAACAGGAAUGACAGCUCGGGCUCUUCAUCAGGGGAGAACCAGAAGGACCAAGAGGUUCCCGUUCUGUCCAGGCCUAUGGGGAAGGAUUUCUACAAGGUCCUGGGCGUCGAGUCUGACUCCAACGAAGACGACAUCAAGAAGGCGUACAGGAAGAUGGCCCUGAAGUUUCACCCCGACAAGAACAGCGCUGCGGACGCCGCGGACAAGUUUAAGGAGAUUGCAGAAGCUUAUGAGAUUCUGACCGACUCCAAGAAAAGGGUCAUCUAUGAUCAGUUUGGAGAAGAAGGUCUCAAGAACGGAGGCGGGGUGUCCAUGGCAGGCAAAGAGAACAACCCCCAUCACUAUAGUUACCACGGCGAUGCCCACGAGACCUUCUCAACAUUCUUCCAGGGCUCCGACCACUUCGACAUCUUCUUCGGGCCCGACGGCGAGGAGGAGCUUUUCAACCCCUUUAACCGUUUCACCUUCAGCAAAGGUGAUGGUUACCAUGGCAACUAUGGCCCCAACGGCGAGAAACUUCGGCGCGGGCGACGGCAGGGUGUGGAGGUGGUGCACGACCUCCUGGUGACCCUAGAAGAGGUGUUCCACGGCUGCUCUAAGCACAUGAAGAUCACGCGGCACCGCCUCAACCCAGACGGCCGCAGCCUUCGCACUGAGGAUAAGGUCCUGAACGUGGUGGUGAAAAAGGGAUGGAAGGAGGGUACCAAGAUCACCUUUCCCAGAGAGGGUGACGAGACGGCCAAUAGCAUACCCGCCGACGUGACCUUCGUCCUCAAGGACAAGAAACACCCCCACUACAAGAGGGACGGGUCCAACAUAGUCUAUACGGCAAAGAUCACCCUCAAAGAAGCUCUAUGUGGAUGCACAGUCAACGUCCCCACCCUCGACAACAGGACGAUGCCACUACCGUGCAGUGACGUCAUCAAGCCCGGCGCCAUCCGGCGGCUGAGGGGCGAGGGGCUGCCCCACGCCAAGACCCCCACCACACGUGGCGACCUGGUGGUGGAGUUCCAGGUGGCCUUCCCUGACAGGAUCCCUCCCCAGUCCAAAGAGAUCAUCAAACACAGCCUCAUUGGGUGCUAACAUGCUAUCGUGCUAACGACCACAACAGCUAGCCGAUACAAUCACAGCCUUGCUAGGUGCUAUGACAAUCCAGCACAGCUUCUCCCUGUGCUUGGUUUAGAGACAAUGGCAGGAAUGGAAUCUUUAAAAACAUAUAUACCUUUUUGAUUAUAGGCACUAUUCAUCAUCUACAAUGCCACAGGGGAAAAGGUUUACAGUUUAACUGGCAAAUGGACUCCUGAGUGUCUGGGCACGUUUUCUGACAGACUGACUAGCCUUUCUCUUGAAUGAAAAAGGGUAGAGGUACUCUUACUGUGUUGCCUAUAUCAAGAGUUUGGUAUGCCAAUAGAGUCAUUCGACUCAUUAGAGAAACCUGAGGUAGUUGACUGUCACGUGGCAAAAUGAUUCUACCAGUUGUAUGGUGUUCAUAUGACUGCACUUUUACAUUGAUUUAUUACAAUAACAAAUAUGUACUUGUGUACAAGACUGUACUAAUGUACAAAUAUAGUUAUCACUGUCUCUAAAAGAGAUUCAUUUGUCAAAUGUUCAACUGAAUCAUUUGAAACGUUUGUAUAUAUUUGUGCUUUAACUUAUACCAGAUGUUAAUGUAUUAUUCUAAAUUGACAAAUGGACAAAGAAAAGCAUGUUGAAUAAAUGAAAAUACCUGAAUUUUAAUAAAAGUUUUUGUGUUUUAUUAUAUUAAAAUGUGCAGCACUGGUCAUGAACUAUGAUUCAGGAUAAGAAUAAGCAUGUCCAUAUCACAAAAGGAAAUGAGAAAAAUGUGAAAUACAUUGAACAAAGCAAAAA